AUGGGCGACUACAGCGAACAGCCCUCCAUGGAACUUGACCAUGUUGAGCUGCCAUUCGAGCUCAAAGCAGAUGAUGAACAACUGGCCGUGCCACUAGUUGGUGGAACAGUUGGCCAGACACGAAUUGCCCUGGAGUUGCGGUCGGACAUCUCGUCCGCAGCCCUGGCAGGCUUCUGCACGCCCCGAGGAUUGACGCUCAUGAGUGUGUUGAACGUUGCUUGGUCUUUGGUGCUCGCGGCGUACGCUGACACGGAGGCGGUCAAUGUCCUGUUUGUUCGAUACGUGGCCGGGGUGCCCUACGUCGGCUUGUCUGAGACCGUGAUUGACGGCGGACGAACAGUACAGCAGACCUUGGCGGAGGCUGAACAGCAGGUGCACACGAGCAUGGCAGUGCCGUCGGCGACAAGCUUGUCCGAAUUGCAGAAGCGGACGGCUGUGGAAGGCCAUCCAGCAUUCAACAACGUAGUGCUAUUGUCGGACAGCAAUGCCCCAGAGUGGGAAGAGACUGGAGAUUACAUUGCCGUCCAGGCGACAGCAACCCCCGAUCACUUGGGAAUUUUUUUACAAUUUCCCACACACAUGCUUCCCGCGGCACAGGCCCAUCACUGCGCAACGACCCUGAGCCAUGUGCUCGGAGAAAUUAUUCGUCAACCUGAUCUCUCAAUCGCCGAGGUCGGUAUGAUGAGUCCACAAGGGCUGCAGCAGAUCUCCCAGUGGAAUCAAACGGCGCCCGCUGUGGUCUCACGCUGUCUUCACAACCUCGUCGAUGAGACAGCCCAGGCGCGACCUGACGCCAUGGCUAUCGAAGGAGCCGAUGGUCGUAUGACCUACGGCGAGUUGCAAACGUAUUCAAAUCGCUUGGCGCAGCACUUGGUUCAACUUGGAGUCGGCCCAGAAAUAUCAGUGCCACUAUUCUUCGAGAAGUCGAAGUGGGCGAUUGUUACCAUGAUUGCCGUCGUCAAGGCCGGUGGCGUCAUCGUCAACCUGGAUGCCAAACAGCCACAAACACGCUUACGAGGACUGCUCGCUCAGCUGCAAGCCCCGAUAGUGCUGACCUCAGUCCAACAUGCUGGUCUCUGGGAUAGCGAAUUCUCUGUUGUGACCGUCUCUGAAGAUGCCCUCGAACAGCUACCGACGGCGACGGAGGCCCCCAUUGUCACCGUUACGCCGCGGAAUGCCCUUUAUAUCAUCUUUACCUCAGGCAGUACCGGUACUCCCAAGGGAUGUGUGGUCGAGCACGAGUCCUUCCUAACAGCCGCCGCACAACACGUACAGGCCGGCCAAAUCCUCCCCUCCAGCCGGGUGCUGCAAAUGACGCCCUACACAUUCGACGUCAGCAUGCUGGAAAUCUUUACCACGCUGACUACCGGCGCCUGUAUUUGUUUCUGCGACGAUGAACAGGCGGCACUUGGGAUCGCCCAUAUUGUCAAUUACCUCCAGAUCUCCUGGACAUUCAUGACGCCCUCUUUGGUGCGUAUGAUUGACCCGGCCUCGGUGCCCACCCUGAAGACGCUCGCCCUUGGUGGAGAAGGUCUCGGGCGCAUAGAUGUGACAACAUGGGCCGACAAGUUGCAUCUGAUCAACGGUUAUGGCCCCAGUGAAUGCUCCGUCGCAGCGACCAUCAACGAGCCAUUGUCACUCACGUCUGAUCCAGCCAACAUUGGCGUUGGAUACGGCGCUUUGUGCUGGGUGGUGCAUCCCGACGAUCAUGACCGACUUGUUCCCAUUGGUGCCGUUGGUGAACUCGUAAUUCAGGGCCCCAUUGUCGCUCGGGGCUAUCUUCAUGAGCCUGUCAAAACAGCUGCAGUCUUUUUAGACGAGCUUCCUGUAUUUUCUGCCCUCCUGCCCCGGUCGCCGCCGGCUUUCCGGCUGUAUAAGACAGGAGACCUGGUUCGUCAGAACAGUGAUGGUACUAUCAACUUCAUCGGCCGCAAAGAUCGCCAAGUAAAGCUCAACGGACAGCGCCUGGAGCUCGGCGAAAUCGAACAGCGACUGUCGGAAAAUUCGCACGUCCGACAUUCCCUGGUUUUGCUGCCUAAAGAGGGUCCCUGUCAAGGUCGACUGGUUGGCGUCCUAUCGCUGCAUGAUUUCCCCUAUGAUGGUCCGCGUGACACCAGUGUCCAUGGUUUACCCGUGGAGGAGUCGCAGCUUGCGCGUCUCUUAUUGCCAGAAAUAACUGCGCAACUGGCCGCACAUCUCCCAGCAUACAUGAUACCAACCUUCUGGGUGGUGCUGGCCGCACUGCCCUUCACAACAUCAGGCAAAGUCCACGUCGUUUCAAUGACCCAAUGGCUGCAUGAGAUGUCCGACGAGAUCUACCGCGAGAUUGCCGGUGUGAGUGAUGAUGCACCUGAGAUUUGUCUUUCGACCGAUGUGGAAUUGCAAAUGCAGCAGAUAUGGGCGGAAGAAAUGGGAAUCCCUGCCGCAGAGCUCAAGACGAACCGAUCCUUCAUCGCCCUUGGCGGUGACUCCCUGACUGCCUUGAAGAUCGUGGCCCGUUGCCGUAAGCAGCAGCUGGUCGUUUCGGUUCCAGAUGUCUUGCGCGCUGCUAACGUUAUUGAAUUGGCCGCACGGGCAACUCAGGCGCCUGCAGACUCAUCUCAAGAGGGACAAGAGAAUUCCGAGAACAUGACCAAUUCUGACCCGGCCCAGCGGGCCGCGAGCGUGGACAAUACUCUUCUAGAAGCGGCAGGCUUGACCAGUCGCAACCAGGUAGAGGAUAUUUACGGUUGUUCGCCCAUGCAGGACGGCAUUCUACUUAGUCAAGUCAAGUUCCCUGGCACCUACGAAGUCCGUCGGGUGCUGCGAGUAGAGUCCACCCGAGAUGCAUUCACCACUGUCGAACGUCUACAAAAGGCCUGGCAGGCAGUGGUAGAUCGGCACCAGAUGCUUCGAACGAUCUUCGUCGACACAGCUGGUCGUUUCCAACAGAUCGUGCUUAAGCAAGCUCCGGCCUGCAUCCAGAUCCACGAACUUUUAGACGAGCACGAUGAGCCCGUCGUCAUCAAGUUUCUUCAAGCCCUGCCUUUACCAACAUACCAGCCUGCGCAGCCUCAGCAUCGCUUGACCAUUUGCCGUGCGGCUGGUGAUAAUGUCUUUGUUAAAGUCGAGAUCAACCACGCCUUGGUUGACGGAGGCUCUACUGAGGUUAUCCUCCACGAACUUUCGCAGGCCUUCGAUGACCAAUCCUUCUCGGCGCCGCCUGCACUAUUCAGCGACUACAUCAAUGUUAUUCAUGCGCCGGAAAUUGCCAGCAAAUCACUCAAAUACUGGACAAAAUAUUUGGACGGUGUGCAGCCGACCAUAGUACCCUUGUAUCCAGCAGAGGGCAACCCCAAGCAGAUCCGUUCCGUGCCGGUGCCAUUCACCGAUGCUUCUGCACUGUCUCGAUUCUCCGAGAACCACGGACUCACAUUAGCAAAUGUUCUGCAGACAGCCUGGGCAUUGAUUUUGCAUACCUACACGGGAGCCGAAGAUGUCUGCUUUGGUUACAUUGCCGCAGGCAGAGAUGUUCCAGUUGUGGGCAUCGAGCACGCGGUGGGGGCUUUUAUCAACAUGCUGGUGUGUCGCGUACGGCUGGCUCAGCAAGACACUGUCCUCGACACUGUUGCUUCUAUGCAGAAUGAGUAUUUCGAUGCUCUACCUCAUCAACACACGUCACUGGCCCAGAUUCAGCACAAUUUGAACCUUUCGGGCAUGCCUCUAUUCAACAGCAUUGUAUCAGUACAAAGAGAUGUAUCUGACCAGCCGUAUGGAGAGUCACUCUCUUUCCGGCCCCUUGAAGAAGAUGAUCCAACCGAUUUUGAUCUCGCCGUCGCCAUUCAUGUUGGCAAAGAAACCGUCAAGAUUGAUAUUGGUUACUGGUCUUCGCUGCUAUCGGAUGGCGAUGCGACCAAUCUGGCCAACACUUUCGCGGGUGCCAUUUCGAGCAUCCUCAUGCACCCUCAGUCUUCUCCCACCGCAAUCGACCUUUUUACCGAGCAAGACAGCAACCAGAUUUUCGGUUGGAACCACAAGGAACCCGUCGCUGCACCCGGCAUUGUGCAUGAGUACUUCUACGCCCAGGUAUUACAGCGGCCAGACGCACAGGCGGUCUGUGCUUGGGACGGAGAAUACACCUACGCCGAGCUAAACCAUCUGUCAGAGAAGCUGGCGUACCACCUGGCUCACCUCGGGGCGGGUCCUGAGGUACUCAUUCCUCACUGCUUCGAGAAGUCUAAAUUGGCUACAGUCACCAUGUUGGCCAUCAUGAAGUCCGGCAGUGCUGGCGUGGGAUUGAGUGCAGCCCAUCCCCGAACCCGAAUCCAGGAUAUCGUUGAGAAUUGCGCAUCACACAUCGCGGUCGUGGCAGCGCAACACGUACCUGUCGUAGAGGGCCUCAUUGAACACAUCGUGGUCAUCGAUGAAGCCUUUUUAGCGCAGCUGCCGGAUCCGCAACCGAAUGCGCAGUUGCCCCAGGCACAGCCUUCUCACCCGGCAUUCGUGUCUUUCACAUCUGGCAGUACUGGCAAGCCUAAGGGCAUUGUACUCGAGCACCGCUCUCUGAUCACUAGUAUUCUCGCCCAUGGGACUGAAUGGGGAUGCGACCCGUCUGCCCGCGUUCUUCAAUUUUCGGCCUACGCUUUCGACGCCAGCGUAUCAGACACAUUCACCACGCUCGUAGGUGGUGGAACGGUCUGCAUUCCCCACGAGAAGGACAGAGUCGAUGAUCUCGCUGGUGCCAUCAAUCGACUACGCGUUAACUGGGCAUUCCUGACUCCCCGCGUGCUGAGUCUGCUGUCUCCAGAGACGGUGCCUACCCUGCGAAAGGUCAUCCUGGGAGGAGAGGCCAUCUCACGAGAGGACAUUUCCCGCUGGACAGAGGCUAUCGAUAUUCGCAUUGUCUAUGGUCCAACGGAGUGCACCAUCUACAGUAUGGGAACCGACCCACUCACCGCGGCCAGUGAUCCCGCAAAUCUGGGCCACGCCGUCGGUACGCGGCUGUGGGUGACGCACCCAGAAAACACCAAUAAACUCAUGCCCGUGGGUUGCACUGGAGAGCUCAUUAUAGAAGGGCCCCUGGUGACACGGGGCUAUCUCAACGACCCCGCCAAGACGGAAGCGGCCUACUUGGAAGACCCUAUGUGGCUGCCCAAGAAAGCAACAGGGGAGCCACGGCGUUUCUACAAAACCAGUGAUCUGGUACGAUACUACCCUGACGGACAGCUACGAUUUAUCGGUCGCAAGGACACUCAAAUCAAAAUCCGCGGGCAGCGGGUUGAGCUAGGCGAGAUUGAACACGCCAUCCUCGGGAGCAUGCCGGGAGCACUACACAUCACUGUUGACUCCGUCGUGCUGCCACCACAGACGCUUGUGGCAUUCCUCUAUCUCGAUGCCCCGUCCGUGGACAAAGGACCGCUCUUCGUGCCUUUGGUUUCUGACGUCACCGAACAGCUGCGCACCUUAGAAAAGAACCUGGCUGAGACACUUCCAAGCUACAUGGUGCCCAGCCUGUUCAUUCCCAUCUCCCACAUCCCCAUGACCAUCUCAGGAAAGGUCGACCGCAUUGCCUUGCGCCGCGCCGUCCAAUGUCUCUCCACCGAGCAGUUGGAGAUGUAUGCGCUAGCGCAAGGUGCUAAAGCUGCACCGCAGAGUCCGCAAGAGCAGUGCUUGCGAGACCUUUGGGCCAAGGUUUUGCGCAAAGACCCCGAGUCCGUGGGUCGCCACGAUAGUUUCUUCCGCUUGGGUGGAGACUCCAUUGGCGCUAUGAAGCUGGUGGCAGCCGCAAGGCACGCCGGCUUCGUGCUCAGUGUGGCCGACAUUUUCGGGCAUCCCGAACUAUUAGACAUGGCUGAAUGUGUCGGACUCCCUAAAGCUGCGGAGCCAGCCAUUUACGCUCCCUUCUCUUUGCUGCCGAUUGAUCCUAUCCAGCGGGAACGCUUGCUGGCCGAUGCAGCCACACAGUGCUCGGUUUCGAGCGACGAAAUCGAAGACGUCUAUCCUGCUACUCCUCUUCAGGAAGGUGUGUUUGUCAUGUCGACAACCCACAAUGGUGCAUAUGUUGCCCCCACAGCCUUCCGAUUUCCCGCCGGUUUUGAUGUGGCACGCUUCCAGAAGGCCUGGCAGGUGCUCGUCAAUACCCAUCCCAUUCUGCGUACACGGUUGGUCACCAUCGAUGCAACCUCGCAUCAGGUGGUCUUGACCCCGUCCGCCUCCUGCAUACAGUGGGAGCAAGCGCCAUCCAGAAGCGAUUACCUGACGCGUAUUCAGGCGCUGUCGGUGGUUGCAGGUGCGCCACUGAGUCAUUACGCUCUAAUUUCGGAGGGGGAGUCGACUGUUUUUAUCUGGACUUCACAUCAUGCCUUGUUUGACGGCUGGACCGUUGAACUGCUGUUAGAUCAGCUGGCACAGCUUUACACACGAGAUUUGUCACCCACCAUAACUCCAUCUUAUGCCCAAUUCGUCCAAUUCAUCCAGAACUCCGACGAGAAUGCUUCCCGCAAUUUCUGGGCAUCGCUUGUGCCCCAAGAGCCUCCGGCUACUUUCCCUCGCUUGCCCUCAGCAGCCUACCAGCCGGCUGCCAAGGUAACCUGCUACCGCACAAUCUCGGCUGCUGUUCCCCAGGGAUCAAAUUUAACACUCGCCAUCCUGCUGCGGGCGGCGUGGUCUAUUGUGCUUGCGCGUUAUUUGGACGCGGAAGAUGUAUUGUAUGGUCUGACUCUGUCUGGUAGAGAUGUGCCAGUUCCAGGCAUUGAGCAUGUGGUGGGUCCAACUAUUACGACAUUGCCCAUCAAUGUCCAUCUGGAUGGCGAGAUGCCGGUCCAGAAAUUCUUGCAGCAGCAGCAGGACCAGAAUGUUGAGAUGAUGCGUCACCAGCAUGCAGGACUGCAAAUGAUACGUCGAAUCAGUCCGGCCGCGGCUGCGGCCACCGAAUUUACCAAUUUGUUUGUCGUGCAGCCUCAGACGGACGAGGCGAAUGGGCUCACCGAGUUGGUCAAAGUUCCCACUGACAUGACCCGCUUUGAUCCGUAUGCAUUGGUGGUUGAGUGCAAUCUGGCAGACAAACAGGUGCAUCUUGAAGCUCGCUUCGAUGAUGCUGUCCUGUGUACAGAUCAGACACAGCGCCUGCUUGGCCAUUUCGAACACGUCCUGGGCCAACUCACACAGCUGGAACCUGGUCGUCUUCUCCGGGAUAUUGACGUAUUCAGUCGCGAAGAUGAACAACAAAUAUGGGAAUGGAAUGCGAUCCCCGCCAAAUCUGAAAACAAGUGUGUGCAUGAUGAGAUCGCGAAGCAGGCCCAUCUUCGGCCGGAUCAUAUUGCCAUCGAAGCAUGGGAUGGAUCGCUCACCUACAGCGAGCUCGAACAAAAAUCCUCGCAACUGGCCCACUGGCUUUCGGCCAACUACUCAAUUCAGCCAGAGUCACUUGUACCAUUGUGCUUCGAAAAGUCCCGGUGGACAAUUGUCGUCAUGCUGGCGGUGGUGAAAUGCGGCGGAGGCUGCGUGAUGUUGAAUCCGGAUCAUCCCAUCUCACGUUUGGAGGGAGUGAUUGCGGACACAGCCUCAUCGGUGGUGUUGGCCUCGCCGGAGCUCGCUGGACUUUUUGCUUCAGUGGACACCACAGUGGUUGGUAUCAGUGAAGCCCUGAUCACUGGCCUGUCAGAGCUCACAGAAACGUUUCUGCCACUACCGUCCAUUCAGCCUACAAAUCCGAUUUUCGUUAUUUUCACCUCUGGUAGUAGUGGAAAGCCCAAGGGCAUCAUAGUGCAACACAAUAGUGUAUGUACUGUGGCUAUCCAGCAUGGUGAGGGCCUUGGCUUUACUGGCUCCGAUCAACGUGUGCUGCAGUUUGCCUCGUUCAGUUUCGAUGUCAGCAUGGGAGAGGUCUUUAUCACGCUCAUGAAAGGCAGCACACUCUGCAUUCCAACAGAGCACGACCGCAUUAAUGAUCUGGCGGCCACCAUCAACCGCAUGCGAAUCACCUGGACAUUCAUGGCGCCCACGGUGGCGGCCUUGCUCGAUCCUCACGACGUGCCCGACCUGCAAACGCUCGUUCUAGGAGGAGAAGCAGUCUCGCAGAGCUUGGUAGAUCAAUGGGCGAGUCAGGUUAAUUUGAUCGACUCGUAUGGGCCAGCAGAAUGCACUAUCUGGGCCUCGCAUGCCAACCCGAGCGCCACCGUGUCGCCAGCAAACAUCGGCCGUGGAAUUGGUUGUCGGUACUGGGUGGUGGAUACCCAGGACUAUAACCGAUUAGCUCCCAUUGGUUGUGUGGGAGAGCUGCUUAUUGAAGGUCCCAAUGUCUCGCGUGGCUAUCUCAAUGAGCCAGAUAAGACAACGGCCGCGUUCAUUGGGAAUCCGGCCUGGCUCCACGGUAAGGAAGAACCACAAUACAAGUUCUACUGCACCGGCGACUUGGUGCGAUACAACGCGGAUGGCACACUCAACAUCGCUGGACGGAAAGACAGUCAGGUCAAACACCAUGGCCAGCGCAUUGAACUGGGCGAGAUUGAGUUCCACCUGCGCUCCCGUUCUCAGGUUGAAGCCGGCAUGGUCAUGUUGCCCAAAACUGGUCCCUGUCAGGGCAAGCUAGUGGCUGUGAUCGCGCUAACAGAUUUACAACCCGUUGCAGUCGAGGGAGAUCGUGUUGCGCUUAUCCCUGACGCUCUCCAGUCCCAAGCACAGCCACAGAUCGAGCAGGUGCAGGAAGAGCUCGGCGCAGCGCUGCCACCCUACAUGGUCCCAACUAUCUGGCUUGUCCUGGACUCUAUUCCAUUGACAGCAUCUCGCAAGGUCAACCGGAUGCCAAUCUCGCGCUGGGUGGCCAACAUGUCCGAUGAGACCUACCGCACUGUAGUGAACAUUACAGCGCCAACUGUGCAUCUACCAACUACGGAGCUGGAGAAGCAGAUGGCGGAGGUUUGGAGCCAUGUUCUCAACUUGCCUGUCGAAUCCAUAGGUAUAAAUCGUUCCUUCCUUAGUCUGGGCGGAGACUCGAUCACGGCCAUGCAGAUUGUCUCACGCUGCCGCGCAAACGAUAUCGAGCUUAGCGUCCAGGAUAUUUUACAAGCGAAGUCUCUCGCCGCCGUUGCCGCCCGCGCCAUCACCGCCACGCACUGUGCUGUGCUUCGCGAAGAGCAGUAUGAUGUGCCCUUUCAACUGUCUCCAAUCCAACAGCUGUACUUCGACGAGGUGGCGCGAGGUGAGGGAGAGCAGAAUCACCACUACAACCAAAGUGUGUUAAUGCGUGCGACACGUUCUAUUUCGCACUCAGACCUCUCCCGGGCUAUUACGCAGCUGGUGGCCAGCCAUGCGAUGCUGCGAGCCCGAUUCAGCCAGCAGGCUAAUGGUCAAUGGGUUCAGCUGGUGCAGAGCCCAGCUCACGAUUCAGCUCCGGUGGUCAGCCACCAAGUGGCCAACCGUGCGGCGAUGAUGGAGAUUAUUAUGACUUCUCAGCGCCGUAUCGAUAUCGAGCAUGGUCCCAUCUUCGUGGUCGACAAUUUCAUGCUGCCAGACCAACAUGGACAAUUAAUAUCCUUCAUCGCACACCACCUGAUCGUCGAUGUAGUAUCAUGGCACAUCAUUUUAGGCCAAUUGGAGUUGCUGCUACUUUCGCCUGGCUCUCAGAGCCCAUCCAGAAUGCCGUAUCAACACUGGGUCCAGGAACAGCGUCAGUAUUCUGAACGCCUGACGACCUCAUCCGACCUGCCAAUAGCCCUCCCUUCGGCGAAUUUGGAAUACUGGGGCUUGAAACGGCUGCCGACGUGGGAGGGUGGUGAGGAGCUACAGUUCACACUCGAUGCAGCAACUACUGCUCUCCUGCUGACCACCGCCAACACGGCGCUCCGCACUGAGCCGAUCGACUUGCUUAUUGCUGCCCUGCAGCAGUCUUUCGUUGAGUCGUUCCCCGACCGCACAAUGCCCGCUAUAUUCAGCGAAAGCCACGGUCGAGAACCGUGGGAGCCUUCAAUUGAUCUCUCCGAAACAGUCGGGUGGUUCACUACUUUCUACCCCAUCUAUCGUCGCGUGCGCCAGCAUGAGAGCAUCAAGCAUACAGUGAAACGCACUAAGGAUGCGCGUCGCGCUUUCAAGGACAAUGGCUUUGCAUACAACACUCGUCGCCAUUUCAAUGCUGACAGCCGCGAGAAAUUCGCACAUCACCGCAUUAUGGAGAUUUGCUUUAAUUACCUAGGUCAGUCACAGCAUACCGAGCGCGAGGAGGCUCUAUUGCAGGAAGAGCCGCUCCUAGCAGGUGAUUCCAUCAAGAAUAUCGGGGACACGAUGGGCCGGCUGGCUGUCUUCGAUAUCGGUGCUGCCAUCUCGCGCGGACGUCUCACCGUCUCGUUCUUCUUCAACAGCAGCAUCCACCAUCAGGAUCGAAUCCGACAAUGGGUGCAGAGCUACAAGACGAUUCUUUCCUCUGUGUUGACCGAGCUCGCUGCUAGUGACGUCGAAUACUCCAUCAGCGAUUUCCCACUUCUACAAAUUAAUUACCAAGAUCUGACAACGCUGACCACGACGACUCUUCCCACCAUUGGCCUCCCACAGUCUGCGAUCGAAGACAUAUAUCCUUGUUCGCCAAUCCAGCAAGGCAUUCUCAUCAGUCAGGCUCGCGAACCUGGAACUUACGAGGUGCGCCAGCUCUUUAAGAUUGUUCCGCGUGCUGAUAUUAGCCCCGUGGAUGUGCCACGCCUGCUGCAGGCCUGGCAACGCACUGUGGAUCGUCAUUCCCUGCUUCGCACCGUCUUCGUUGAGUCACUGAACGGUGCUGGGGGCUAUGACCAACUGGUACUUCGCUCCCACACACCGCAGGUUCAGCGACUUGUCUAUCAGGGCACUGAUGGCGAUGUAAUCUCAUUCAUUCGGCAACAGGCCGCCCCAGACUACCGCCAGCCAGUCCCCGCACAUCGACUGACCAUCUGUGAAGCCUCUGGGGUAGUUUACUGCCAACUUGAGGUAAGCCACGCGCUUAUCGAUGGUACCUCCAUGGCACUGCUCGUCCGUGAUUUCAUUUCAGCUUACGAAAACACCCUUCCUACCACUCCCGGUCCGCUUUAUAGCGACUACAUGGCCUACAUUGCCUCGCGGUCACCAGAAGAUGCCUUGGCGUACUGGACCGCACGGCUGGCUGAUUUGGAGCCCUGCCACUUCCCCGACUUGCAGCCCACUGAGUUGCCCGCGGCGGCUUUCCAGUCGCACACUAUUCACAUUGACGCAGAUGGCCAACUUCAAAGAUUCUGUGAGUCCCAGGACCUCACACUCAGCAAUUUGUUCCAGGCGGCUUGGGGCCUCGUUCUGCGUGCAUACACAGGCAGGUCAGAUGUCUGCUUCGGAUAUAUGGCCUCCGGUCGUGACAUUCCAAUGGAGGGCAUCUAUGACGCCAUCGGGCCAUUUAUCAACCUUCUGGUAUGCCGACUGCAUGUCGGUGAUGCAGUGUCAGUGCGCGACCUGCUUCAGGCAGUCCAGUCCGAUUACAUGGACAGUCUGCCACAUCAGCAGACCUCUCUGGCCUCUAUCCAGCACGCCUUGGGUAAAAGUGAGGCAGCUUUGUUCAACACCAUUCUCUCAUUCCAGCGCGAGCCGGUGGAUGGUCCAACUCCACAAGUUGAGUUCCAGAUCGUCGAUCAAGUUGAUCCAACAGAGUAUGAUGUCGAUCUCAACAUUACCACCGGCUUGGCCUUGGGCGUGGAGAUUCAUCUCAGCUACCGCACAUCCAUGCUUAAUGGAACUCAGGCCGACAGCCUGCUGCAGAACUUCACCAACGUGCUGCUCGCCAUCACCACUAGCUCGGACCAGCUGCUAUCGAACUUGAAUAUCGCCUCCCCAGGAAUGAGCACUUUGCCAGAGAUGUCCCCCGAGCCUACACCAAAGGCAGUAGAAGCUACAGUGUUGGAGCUCAUCGCCAAACACACAGAGCAGCAUCCCAUGUCUGUCGCGAUGCAAUCUACAGAUGGCCAGGUCAAACUCACGUAUCACGAACUCGAUCGUAUGACAAGUGCUCUGGCCAGUGACUUGCAGGGUCUGGCCGUGCAACCGGGAGACACAGUUCUUCUCCGCUUCUCGCGCUCACCCUGGGCUCUAGUGGCUAUGCUAGCCGUUCUCAAAGCGGGUGCGACCUCGCUGUUCCUGGACCCGCAGGCUAGCUCCGACAGUCGACAGGAGAUAUUUUUAGCUAUGAAAGCCAGGGUAGUCUUAUGUGGCAGGGAACAUGCUACCGAUUUCGAUGAGCCAUCUCUCACUUCAGUAAUUGUCGAUGCGGGUGCGAUGGCCGUUUGGGACGAUGCGUUCCCGGUCUUCGCGCCGCCGAACUGUUUAUCUCCUGAUACAGUAGCGGUAGCCAUUCAGGACGGCGCAGACUGGGCACUUCUGACGCAUCGCACGGUCAGCACUGUCGCCUCACUGCUGGGACCAGUGGCUGGGCUCGGCGCCGAUACCCGGGUGUUGCAGUUCAGCGCUGCAGCCUCGCCUUUAUACAUAGUGGAGACGCUGUAUUCGUUGAUUAACGGCAGUACAAUCAUCGUUCCCGCUGAUGGUGCCAGCUUUUCCGAGGCCAUGUGCAGCUCCCAGGCCAAUUGGGCCAUUACAAGUCCCACUGAGGCCGCCCUAACCUACCCGGCUCAAGUGCCAUCUCUGCAGACUCUGCUGGUGGCUGGGGGAGAGAUUGCCCCUGCUUUGCUCGCAAAAUGGUGCGACAUCAGGUUAAUUCAUCCACACGAAUUGAUUCAAUCGCCGAUUUGGCUAUCUCUCUCUGGUUCUCCUGCUGGCAGUGUUGCUCUGCAGCUCCUUCCUGCGUCGAACCUCGGGCGGAUGUGGAUCCGCUCCCCAUUCAAUCCUGCAGCGCUGGCGCCGGUGGAUUGUGUUGGAGAGGUUCUGGUGGAUGGUCCAGUGGUGCCCCGGGGCUAUCUCCGGGGCCGCAAAGAUCGACUUCUGGAUGCCCCGUGGCUGUCUGGCACUCCCUUAUGCCGUACAGGUGACCUCGGCCGAUGGACAUCAGGACACCAGCUGUCCUUGGUGCAGCAUCUCGGGGUCACCAGCGAAAUUUCGUCGAGUCUAGCCCUCCUCGAACAGCAGGUGCAAUCAACUCUCCCAAUUACACAGCACGCAGUACUUUCCAUCCUCCGCCGUGGAUCCAUUGAAGAAGUAGCUAUGUUCCAUGUCGAGUGUACCCAAAAGGUCCAGGCGACCCCUGCCCUGCUGGUGAUGUCAGACGUGCAGCGCCAACAAUUCACGUCGCUAAUAUCAUCGCUCAAGGAACAUACACCUGAGGCUGUGUCGCCCGCUUUUGUCUUCCCACUUAACGGCCUUGCUCUGACGGCAGAUCACAAGGUUGACCGCGCGGCCUUGGAUCAGUUGGUAGCUGGCCUCUCGCAGCCGGAACUGGAGUCCUACCGUCUUGUUUCCGCAAAGACGACCGCCCACUUCACGGCCAACGAGCUUCUCCUCCGCGAUCUCUGGGCAGAGGUCUUGGGUUUGCCAGAUCGUGGUGCUCUUCGUCCUACUGACACUUUCUUCUGCUUGGGAGGAGAUUCUAUUGGAGCCAUGCGUAUCAUCGCCGCUGCCAGAAGUCAAGGCCUGGCACUGACGAUGAAUGGAAUCUUCCAGCAGCCCACUCUGGCCGGUAUGGCUCAAGAAUUGCGCCUUCUGGCUCCGCAUGAGGAUCGACCGUUGAAGCCGUUCUCUCUGCUCCCUACUGCGCUAGAUUUAGCGCCUCUCAUCUCUGAGGCCGCGCAGAAGUGCCAGGUCGAGCCCACGGCAAUCGAAGAUAUAUACCCUUGUACGCCGCUCCAGGAGGGACUCAUGGUUUUGACCAGUCAAGAUCCCACGGCCUACGUGGUCCAGGAGGUUUUCCAAUUGCCAAAGAAUGUCGAUAUGUCGCGUUUCCAGGCAUCAUGGGCAGCAGUCGUCGCCCGCAGCACCAUUCUGCGCACCCGGAUCAUUGCCACUGCUGACGGUGCCUUCCAGAUAUUGCUGCAGAAUCCCAUUGUGUGGGGAACGGGAACUGAUCUGACAACAUUCCUGGCCCAAGACGCGGCCGAGUCCAUGACCUACGGCCGGCCCCUGGCGCGCUUCACGGUCUUGGAGGGUUCAGGCCUCCGAUACUUUGUCUGGACUGCACACCACGCAGUCUACGACGGCCUGACCAUGUCCACCUUGGCUAAGCAGGUCUCUGCAGAAUAUAACAAAGAGAUUGCGUUGCCUGAGGUCCCCUACAAUCGGUUCAUUGACUAUAUACAAAGCAUCAGUCCGGCCUCGGCCACUGAAUUCUGGACAGCGCAGUGCGCAACCCCUGCUGCAACCUUCCCACUCCUGCACACACGCAGUUACCAAGUGUCUCCAAAUCAGGUCCAGACGCACUCGGUUCCUGUGACCCGCAACCCGUCUGAUAUCACGCUCCCGACUGUGCUGCGUGCAGCCUGGGCGGUUGUGCUGUCGCAUCUGACAGACUCGGAGCAUGUGAGCUUCGGGGCGACACUGUCUGGUCGGAAUGCCGCUUUGGCCGGAAUCAACCAGGUACUGGGUCCGACAAUUGCUACAGUCCCCAUCCACGUCCAUGUUCGCGAGGGCCAGUCGCCGGCUCAUUUCCUCCGGGCCGUGCAUAUGCAGUCCAUUGACAUGAUUCCCUUUGAGCAUACUGGGCUCCAGAACAUCCGACGCAUGGGUGAGCAGGCUCGUGAGGCUGUCGAAUUCCAGAAUUUGCUCCUCAUCCAGCCUGGAAGCGCGCCGAUGGAUGAGUCCGACUUCUUGGGUCUGACACCUGUCACGUUGGAGAGCCAACAGGCCGACCCGUACCCCCUGACAGUGGAAUGUAACCUGAUGGAAAGCUGCGUGGAGAUCAAGGCACAGUUCGAUAGUUCCCUCAUCUCAGUCACCGAGAUGGACAUGAUACUCAAGCAAUAUGCGCGCACCAUUCAGCGAUUCCAAGCUGUGCAUGACACCACCACCGAGGACACCGUGGAUGAUUCUAUGGACCCGGUAGGUCCUAUCAGCAACGAGGAUUUGGACCAAAUUCUUUCCUGGAACUCCGAUCACCCCCCUUUCAUCGAUUCGUCUGUUCACGAGCAGUUUGAGGAGCAGGUACGUCUGCAACCUAAUGCGCCAGCCGUCUCCUCGUUCGAUGUCCAGCUCACCUAUCGCGAACUGAAUGUUCUGGUGGAUCGGCUGGCAAAUGAGUUGCUCGCACGCGGCGUUGAGCCGGAGAUGAACAUCCCUCUUUGCUUCAACAAAUGCUCAUGGACCAUUGUCGCCAUGUUUGCCGUCAUGAAGGUCGGAGGAGUGGGCUGCAUGCUCAACCCGGAGCAUCCCAGCAGUCGUAUCCAGCUGCUACUAAACGACCUAGAUGCCAGUUUGGUCCUUUGCGAUCCAGAAUCUUCAGCCAUGCUUUCGACACUGCUUCCUCCCAAGGGCGUGCUCCCGGUUGACGGUGCAUACCUGCAGAUGCUACCCCCAUCUGCGCCUCCAGGACUCCGCGUCCGGCCGGACAACGCUGUUUUCGUGGUCUAUACCUCAGGUAGUACUGGUAAGCCAAAGGGUAGCAUCCUGGAACACCGCUCCCUUGUCACCGGCUUACGGGCUCACUGUGCUGCCAUGGGCAUCGGCCCGGGCACACGCACCUUCCAGUUUGCCGCCUACACCUUCGAUGUCUGCUUCGAGGAAAUUAUCGGCUCCCUGAUGCUGGGAGCCUGUGUCUGUGUGCCCAGUGAGACAGAGCGUAUGAAUGCUCUGGCCGAUGCGAUGGCCCGAUACCAGGUAACCUGGACAGAACUUACUCCCACUGUCGCCAACCUGCUGCUCCCUAGCAGCAUUCCAUCGCUAAAGACUCUGGCUCUGAGCGGCGAAUCUCUCACCAAAGAGGUCAUCCAGCGCUGGGCUGGUGCGGUACAAAUCAUCAACACCUACGGGCCAAGUGAAUGCUGUGUCUCAUCCACAUGCAACGUGAACACUGCCACGCUCCGUGACCCCAGUAACAUUGGGCGCGGCCUGGGCUGCACCACCUGGAUCGUCGAUCCGGAAAACGUGGAUCGCCUAGUAUCCAUCGGCGCCGUCGGGGAACUUCUGAUUGAGGGCCCCAUCGUUGCCCGAGGCUAUCUGAACGAGCCGGCCAAAACGGCAGCCGCUUUCAUCUCCGCACCAACCUGGUGGCCCGAAUCCUACCAGUGCGGACGCAUCUACCGCACUGGCGAUCUGGUCAAAUACAAUCCCGAUGGAACCCUCAAGUUUAUCGGCCGCAAAGAUACGCAGGUCAAAUUACAUGGUCAGCGUAUCGAGCUAGGCGAAAUCGAGCAUCGCAUCCGCAGCGCAUUUACAAACGAUUCGCACCAGGUGGCCGUUGAGGUUCUGAGUCCCACUACGCGGAGCGGGCUCAAGAUCCUGACCGCGUUCAUUUGUGAAAGCGAUGCCGUCUCAGAGGAUGUUGAGAAUCUCUUGCUACCGCUGGAGGAGGGAAGACCGGAACGCUUCCUUGCGUUGCAAGCCCGGCUGUUGGUGGACCUGCCUCGCCAUAUGGUACCACAACUUUUCAUCCCUGUCUCACACAUGCCACUGUCACCGUCGCGCAAGUUAGAACGCAAGAGCUUGCGCAUGGUCGGUAACGGGCUCACGCCCGAGCAGCUGGGCGCAUAUGCCCUCACGCAGGUGGCAAAAACGGCGCCCACCACAACUAUGGAGAAGGCGUUGGCGGGCAUUUGGGCCCAUGUGUUGGGCGUCAGUGCUACUGGUGUGGAGGACAACUUCUUCCACCUAGGUGGAGACUCCAUUGCUGCCAUGAAGGCCGUGGCCGCGGCCACCAAGGCAGGCCUGCCACUCAGUUUUGCCGAUAUUAUGGAGUUUCCGACGCUAGGCGCUAUGGCCGCAGCGAUGGAUUGCGGUUCUGAUAUGCAGGCGCUAGAAAACUCGGCCCCAGUGCCCUUCAGCCUCGUGUCCCCCAAUUACGUCUCCGAGGUGAUGGCUCAGGCGAUGGCUCAAUGUGCGGUCCUGGAGGAUGCAAUUGAGGACAUCUAUCCAUGUACUCCAUCUCAGGAGGCGUUGAUGGCACUUACGGCGCGUGACGAAACCGCAUACGUCUCGCGUGCUGUCUACCGGUUACCUCUCAAUCUGGAUGUCGACAAAUACCAACAGGCAUGGGAGCUUCUCGCCCGCCGUCAGACUAUCAUGCGCACGCGCAUCAUCUACUCCAGUGUCGCCACCCAAUCCUUCCAGGUAGUAAUGCACGAAGGCAUAGCGUGGCAGUCGGGCGACUCCGUGGAGGCGUAUCUCGCCGCCGAUAAAAUGACUCCCAUGCACCAUGGCCAGGCACUAAUGCGCUUUGCCAUCCUUCCCGGCACCACCCAGGAUCCACGGUCCUCUCUUGUGCACACAGCUCAUCAUGCCGUCUAUGAUGGCUGGAGUGAAGCCGCCAUGUUUGACGAAGCCGAGGCCAUUUAUCGCCAUGGCCUAGCAGCCUUGCCGCCCGUUGUUCCUUACAACAAGUUUAUUCACUACCUCGGCAGCGUUGAUGCUAACGCGCGCGAUAGCUUCUGGCGUACGCAGUUAGAUGGUGAUCUGCCCGCUCCAUUCCCCCCUCCUCCCCUUGCUGCAACAGCGUCAUCCCUAAUUCCUCGUCCCAAUCGCUCGCAGUCUUACACAAUUUCCCUUCCACUUCGCUCUUCUACCUCUUCCUUCCCCUUCAGCGCCCCUACCAUCCUCAAAGCCGCAUGGGCCCUCCUGCUGGAGCGCUACACGCUCUCUGAAGACGUCAUUUUCGGCCAUGUGCUGUCGGGCCGCACAGUGCCUCUCCGCGGCGUGGCCGACAUGAUGGGCCCAACCAUCGCAACUGUCCCAGUGCGCGUUCGGGUUAUUAAAGAGGAUAACAUCAACUCCUUCCUGCGUCGUAUUCACGAUCAGGCCCAGGCCAUGACACCUUUUGAGCAAGUCGGGCUUCAGCAUAUCCGUCGGCUGCUGCCUGCCUCAGAGUCGAUCGACGUCGGUCAUCUCUUCUUUGUUCAGCCUCCCCUCGACUCUCCCGCGGCGGAUCUCGGCCUUGAGGCUAUCACAGAUUCUGACUUAAACUUUGACACUUAUCCAUUGAUCGUGGAAUGCCAGCUGGGCACGAACGCCGAUCUGAAUGUCGAAGUGAAAUAUGACGACGCCCGCAUUAGCCAAACCCAGAUGACCUGGCUUCUGAAGCACUUCGAGCAUCUGCUUCAACAGCUAUGUCAACUGCCAUGCAAAACUUCUCUUUCUGAUCUGACGCUGACAGGGCCGUCUGAUUUGGCCCAGCUGCGCCAGUGGAUGGGACCCCCCGUGGAACCGGUUGCCUCCACUCUGCAUGAUAAGAUAUGUGCCCAAACCCGCGCCUAUCCGAAUAGGUCUGCCGUUGAGGCUUGGGAUGGUCAUCUCACUUACGGUGAGCUUGACCACCUCUCAUCGCAGUUCGCUCAAGUCCUCAUCGAUCUCAAUCUGCCCCUUGGCGAUCCAGUUGGCUUGGUUUUCGACAAGUCCUGCUGGGCUGUUGUAGCACUCCUCGCCGUGCUCAAGGCUGGCGGAAUUUGCAUUCAUCUAGAUCACCAGCAUCCGCCUGCGCGACUCUCAGAGAUUUCCAUCGACACAGGAUUGCAGUACAUUCUUACCGCACCCCGUCAUGAGCACAUAGGGGCGAUGCUGCCAGUUGACCAUGUGCUAGUCGUGGAUUCCACCAUGGCGUCCAAGCUGCCUAGCAGUCCCACAAGUGUCCGACCGCUACCGGUCGUUGACGCCACAUCGCCAGCCUACCUGACUUUCACCUCAGGCAGUACUGGUAAACCCAAAUCGGUGGUGAUUGACCACUGCGCUAUCCAUACCAGCAUCGUCGCCUUCAGCUCAGCGCUAAACCUCACCCCCAGCUCGCGAGUGCUGCAGUAUGCUGCGUACACCUUCGACAUCAGUUACGCCGAGAUUUUCGCGCCGUUGGUUCUUGGUGCGACGGUUUGUAUAAUCUCAGAGCAGGACCGACUCAACGACAUAGCAGGUGCCGUUAGUCGCCUCGGUGCCAAUUGGGCCUGUCUCACACCUACUGUCGCCAACCUCGUCCAGCCUUCAAUGGUACCAUCGCUGAAGACGCUCAUUCUCAGCGGUGAGUGUCCCACGGAGGAUAAUCUUCGCACCUGGGUUAGCCACGUGCCCACCCUGAUAAAUGCCUAUGGCCCCAGCGAAGCCUCAGUCUGGUGCGCCGCCGGUCCCUUCAAGCGGCCGGAUGAUCGCUGUACCAACAUCGGUCUGCCUGUCGGUUGUCGCCUGUGGAUCGCUGAGCCUGAUAAUCUGCAUCGCUUAGCCCCGGUAGGCUGCGUGGGCGAGUUGCUUAUCGAGGGUCCCAUUCUGUCCCGAGGAUACUUAAAAAACGAGCAGGCCAGUAACGCCGCUUUCCGUCGCGAUCUUGCAUGGAUGACUGAGACACAGCUUGGGUCUGAAUGCUCCCUUGUCUACCGUACUGGCGAUCUCGCGCGCUACUUCCCUGACGGUAGCAUUGAAUAUCUCGGCCGCGCAGAUACCCAGGUCAAGGUCUACGGUCGUCGCAUCGAGCCGCGCGAGAUCGAGCACCACAUGCGCACUCUGCUGCCUGGCUACUCCACCAUGGUGGACAGCGUGACCCUCGCCAGUCGCAAUGGCCAGAAGGUGCUGGUGGCUUAUAUUUACCAGGAGUCUGGCCCCGUGCCUGACAUGGAGCUCGUAGCGAUUGCGCAGGCCCUUACGCCAGAGCUUCGACAAACACUGGUUAACCUUCAAGCGGCGCUGCGUGCGAUGCUUCCGCCUUACAUGCUGCCGGCACUGUUCGUCCCUCUGCAACUUCUUCCGACAAAUGCAUCUGGUAAAACAGACCGCAAGCUGCUGGGCCGCGCCGUAAACACUUUGUCGAACGCCCAGCUGCAAGCCUACUCCCUCCUGGAUCGUGUAAUCAAGCGCCCGCUCGAGACUCUAAUGGAGCGCAGGUUGGCCGGUCUCUGGGCCGAAGCUCUCGCUGUCGACGCCUCCAUUAUUGGCGCUCAUGACACCUUCUUUAGCCUAGGUGGAGAUUCCAUUGUUGCCAUGAAAUUGGCCAGUCUCGCUCGCAAUUCGCAACUCAGUUUGACUGUCGCCGAUCUCUUCACUCACCCAAUUCUGGCGGAUCUAGCCGCCUACCUAAGUACCCAAAUGCCACCCACCCCGGGGGCCGAGACGCCACCACUGGUGCCCAAGUUGACGACUGCGACAGCUCCCGCGCUGGAUCUCGCCCUCGCUGAGGCUCUGGCACCACGGAUAGGUGUUGUUCCUAGCGCGAUCGCUGCUAUUCAGCAUACAACGGACUUCCAGGAUGUCGCACUGGUCGGCCAUCUGAGCGAGUCGCGCUGGAUGCUGAACUGGUUUUACUUCGAUGGUCCCGGUGCUCCUGACAUCGAACGCCUCCGUCAGGCCUGUUAUUUCUUGGUUCAGCAAUUUGACAUUCUCCGUACGGUCUUCGCACCUCACGCAGGCCACUUCUGGCAGGUGGUUCUGCACAAGUUGAAGCCCUGCUUCGACGUUGAAACUACCACCGACCUCGCGGCCUUCACUCAAGACCUGUACGAUAAGGGCAUUGCCAACGAUUUCCAGCUGUCCGAGCCCUAUGUACGGUUUGUACUGGCCGUGCAUCCAAACGGUCAGUCACACCGUCUGCUGAUGCGCCUGUCACACGCGCAAUAUGACGGUGUGUCUUUGCCAACCCUCUGGGAGUCCCUUCAGCGUGCCUACCAAGGCCAGAGUCAGCUUUCUACUCCCUCCUUUGCGCGAUUCCUCCAAGACACUACUCCAGCAGAUCUUACUGCUGCACACUCACACUGGCGCAAACUUUUAGCCGGUUCACCAGAGACCCGCUUUGUCGUGCACAACAAGCCCAGCCUGCGCGACGAUGCCACGGAGCGCGUAUUGCAUGUUACCCGCCAGCAAGUUCCAGUGGUUUCGCUACCCCAGUAUGGCAUCACGACAGCCACGGUCCUCAAAUCUGCUUGGGCGGUGCUGCUAGCACGCCUGACUGACUCUACCGAUGUCGUCUUCGGACACACAACCGCCAAUCGCUCUGCCGCAACAUUGGCGAACAUUGACACUGUGGUGGGUCCUUGUUUGAAUGUAGUGCCAGUUCGCGCACGCUUGGAUGCACGUCAGACAGUGCUCGAACUACUUUUGGCACAGCAGCAGCAACAGGUAGCAAAUUUACCCCAUGAGUUCCUUGGCUUCCGUCAAAUCAUACGUGACUGCACGGACUGGAAGCCCUGGUCUCACUUCAGCAGUGUGGUGCAGCAUCAAAAUAUUGAGCCCGACCGUGCGUUGCAGCUAGACCAGGACAAUGCCACCGCCCUCUAUGAGCCUGGUUUCAUGGGCGCUGAUCUCGACCUCACGGAUGUUUCAGUGUUGUCGACUCCCACAGGCGAUGGCUACGUUGACCUAGAUCUGCUCACCUCAUCGGCAGUCAUGACGCCGUUCGCGGCGGAGUUGCUGAUUGAGCAGUUAGGCAGUCUGCUGCGCUUGUGGGCAGCCCUGCCAGUGGAAAAGACGCCCGUUUACGAAAAGGGGGAGUCACCGGCUCUGCUCCCUCUACACAGUCGAGAAGAGCGCCCAGUUGACGAAUUGGUUGAGAAGAGCCCUCUGCCGACUACGAACACCAACGUCCGGGCGGCGGUGCAGCAGGCGUGGCGUACGAUCCUUCCCAUUGAUUCUCGGAUUGAUGAUGGCAAGGUAGACUUCUUUGAGGCGGGAGGAGAUCUGGUACACAUGGCUCUGCUGCUCUGUGAGUUGCAAGUUCACGGUGUUGGUGGUGCUGUGCGCCUAGAGACACUAGUGCAGCAUUCUUCCCUGGAUUCCAUGGUGCGGGUGCUCCAGUAA